AUUUAUUUCUGCCUGGCGCAGAGCCCCCUUUAACUCCUUCCACAUUCUCUCUCUCUCCUGUGAGAUCAGCCGAGGGCUCUGAUCGGUCGAUGUUUUAAAAGCACCGACACACACACACGCGCCCUCCCGCUGUCCCUCCCUCUCGGUCGCUGAGAGCGAGGAGGAGCUUGCGCUGCGCCCCUCGCCUGUGCGUUUUUGCGCGCUCGCUCUCUCGACGUCUGUCUGCCUCCCUCUCCCAUCCACGUGGCUUUCUCGGGGAGGGAGCGCUAUAUUAGGAAGGGAAGGAGGAAGAAGCCGAGGCAGCGCUUGGAGAGGGCAUUGUUGCUGCUGCCGCCGCUCCGGGAACGAGAGCGAGGGGAGCAGAGCAGAACAAGCAAGAGGAUCCCCCUCCUUGCCUAGGAUUGGGGUGGUGCCUCCGUCGUGCCUCGGCGGCGGCGGGUACUUUGGAAGGACAAAGGAGGAGAAGGCGGCGUGCAGAGGCAAUGAGAGCUGCCGGGAAGCAGCAGCAGCGGCGGCGCCAGCAGCCUCUCCGGACGCGGUGAGUGCCCGGCGGCAUUGCGCGCCAGGGAUCUCUUCCUUCCCGGAUCCGCUGAGAAAGGAGCAGAGGUGGGCAAAGGGACUCUCACAUCGGCGGGACGAAGAAUAGAUCAACAUUCAACACAGAUGUUCUAGUGCAGAGGGACAAGACUAAAUCUGCCCCCUCUGGGUGCUGCAAGAUCUACGAAGACCCCGAGUCUGUGCCCACAUCACCUCUGCCGAAGAACCACAUAUUCACCGGAGAAUAGAGCGAAAUUGGAGAGCAGCUUUGGCAAAAACAAGGGGAAGAAACGGUGACCAGGAGAAAAUCCAUCAACAGUGCGCCCAGUGUUCAGAAAAGCAGCCAAGUGAAAGAGGCUGGCAAGGUGGGAAAAAAAAGUUUAAGCAUUGUAACAUGGACGAGGCUUUUGACUGCCAGCUGCCUGGAACGACAACCUUUGAAUGAACCAAUCAGUGGCCCUAAUGAAAUAAUUUCCAGAGGAAAAGUGAUUUUUUCCCCCGCGCCCUUACUUAAAGCCUUUUUUUCAUUUAAGGUCUCUCUUCCCACACAGCAAAGAGGUGGAGGGGGGGAGUGUUCCUUGACAUUGUUAAUAAUUUUCUCCCUCAAAUUGCUGGGGUGGCAGAAAAAGAAAAAGAAAAUUGCAGUUGUUUGCUUUGAAUAAAGCUUUGGAGGAGUUAGCAGCUGCUGGAGGAGAGCUGAAGCAAAAAGAGAGAGAGAGAGAGAUGUGAAGGUAGAUGGAGCCUUUUAUUUUUCUAGUAAAAGGAGAUAAGAGAUGAUCAGGGUUUCAGUCAAUCCAGGACACAGUAAUGUGGGCUGUUCCUUUUGGACAAUAAAGGCAAUAAAGCUACUGUUUGCAGCCUAAACAGAGCCCUGGAAGUAAACCUCUGCUUGCCUCAGCCGCUGGCAUUUCGCUCAAGCAUCCGGGCUAAGGAAGAGGCGGCGGCAGCGGGGCAAGAUGCUGGCCAUCAGGAAGAGGGGCUUCAAGAUGUUUACUCUUGCCUUAUUGUUUGUCAUUACCAUCACGUCGUUCUUGCUGAACUACAGCCACAACACGGUCAUGGUCGCCUGGGACCCCAAACAGCUCGUCUACCAGUUUUCGGAGCAGUUUCGGAGACUGAUGAAAUAUUCCCGGAGGCCUUGCAGCUGCCACACGUGCAUUUCUGAAGAGGGGGUCUCGCUCUGGUUCGACGACAGGUUCAACCAAACUAUGCAACCCUUCCUGACCACACAGAAUGCCUUUAUGCCCGAAGACAGCUACAGGUGGUGGCUGAAGCUGCAAGGGGAAAAGAACCCCAAGGGUUUAAACGAGACCAUCCAGGAGCUGUUUGAGCUCAUCCCUGGAGACGCGGACCAGCUCUUGGAGAGAAGCGGUUCGCGUUGCAGGCGGUGUGCCGUGGUGGGGAACUCGGGUAACCUCAAGCAGUCGCAGUACGGCCAGGAGAUCGACAACCAUGACUUCGUGUUCAGAAUGAACAAAGCCCCCACAGCUGGCUACGAGCCCGACGUCGGCAGCAAGACGACCCACCACUUUGUCUACCCCGAGAGCUACAAGGAGCUGGGCGAGAACGUCAGCAUGAUAGUCAUCCCGUUCAAGACCCUGGACCUUCGCUGGGUUGUCAGCGCUCUCACCACAGGGACCAUCAACCACACAUAUAUUCCUGUGCCACGCAAAAUCAAAGUCGACAGAGGCAAGAUCCUGAUUUAUCACCCCUUCUUCAUAAAAUACGUUUAUGAUAACUGGCUGCAUCAUCAUGGGAGAUACCCCUCAACAGGCUUCCUUUCGGUUAUAUUUGCUCUUCACAUCUGCGAUGAGGUGGACAUUUACGGCUUCGGAGCCGACAGCAAAGGGAACUGGCACCACUACUGGGAAAACAACCCGUCGGCCGGGGCUUUCCGCCAGACGGGCGUCCACGACGGGGAUUUUGAAUCGAACGUAACGUUGACUCUCGCCUCGGUUGACAAAGUACGCUUCUUCAAGGGCAGAUGACCCCGGUCACGGGGAGCGCUGUGAUUUCUAACUUACGGGGAAUACAAAGACUUUGGCAGAAACGAAAGGGGUCUCGGAUUUGACUGUAUCCUCACGCCUUAGCCGACAAAGUCAGGAACACCCGGCAGUUGCAGGUGGCAAGCGGUAUUGCCGGGUUCCGUGAAUCGCCCGAGAUUUCUCUACCAACGUUUGAAGGACGUGGGAGGAUUCCUCUUCCUGCUUCGUCACUCUCCCUUUCGUAAGACAUUUCCACUCUGUAAAUCUUGCCUUGUGCAAGUUAAAGGAGACAAAAGUUAGAUCCCAACCCCCCCCCUGCCGUCUUUCUGAGAAUGCAUAUCUUGAGCUUUCAUUUUCUCUGGGACCGAAAACACGGCGGAAGAGAUGCUGGAUUUCCUUCCUGACAACAGUGGAUGUGAAACACCCUCUCCGUUCACAAUUACCUCAAAAAGGAGCUAAUUCUGUUUUUUAUCUUCUCCCAGGAGCAGCAUCCUUGCAAGACCUCCAAGCUCCCAUACUGCAUUAUGAUCCAGGGUGAAUUUGUCACCAGCGGGCAAAAAUUGGCACCAGCUUUAGCUGAGAUUCCUGCAUUGCAGGGGGUUGGACUAGAUGGCCCCUGGGGGUCCCUUCCAACUCUAAAAUAUUGUGUUUCUAUUAUUCCAUUCGCCAACAGCUGGGAAUUUUGAAUGAAACACUUUCCAGUUGUUACUAAGGAUUUUACCCCCCCUGUGUGAAACGUAUUUGCUCUUCUUCAUAGCCAUAAUUAAGGAGGGAAAAGAUUGGGGGGGGGCGGGGGUUGAAAAUGAAGAUAUGAGAAGCUAGAGUAAACUAGUCACUAUUGUUUACCUUUUAAAAAUGUCUUUCUCGCCGCUUCUGAGCUUUCGACUCUGCUACGAAGCAGAGAAAUGAGGUUAUUUUUAUAUCUAUAUAAAUUUUGUCAUUGACAUGUGCCUUUCUGAAAUAUCAAGAAUAUAAAGGGAGAGUCGUUUUGUCUUGUUUGGCUCUCACCGAGACCGAAAUCCCUCGAUUAAACCUUUUAUAUAUAUAUAUAUAUGGGGAAAUAACUGACCAAAGUUCAACGCUACUUACCGUCAUCGUUUUUUUAUCGACAGCUUUCUUCAGUCUACUUGAAAGGUUGGCGAGCAACAGUUUUGUUUUUGAGAGAGAGAAACGUUUUUGCCUUAUUUUAAAAGAAUGUGGGGUGUGUGUUUUUUUUAUUUCAAAAGAAGAAGUUUUUUUGGCUUCUAUUUUUUACAGCUGUGGUAGGUGGUGGCUCCUGUGUGAAAUUGUCUUGAAGUGGAAGGAAAGUGUCUCCACCUCGGGAGGAUAUUGUUCAAGGGCUACAUUGGAGAAGUGAGCAGAAUCCAUGGCCAGGGAAUGGGAUUACUUGGGAGUAAGUUCCCAGCAAACGCCAUACAGCUUACCUCUGAGCAGGCAAGCAUAGGAUCGCACCGUCAGGGACCUUAUAAACAAUGAAAAGAGGAAGGGACGACCUCCACAGUUAACAAGGACCUUAAGCGAAGGUGACAGGAAGAGAUUGGGCUGGAACGUUCUAGAAAGCAUCCUCUUCCGGAGAAUGAAGAGAGGGGAAGCCGUCCUUAACAAAGCAUUUACCACAGGAACUAAUUGUGAGACUGUUAGGAAGACGGCUGUGUGGCGGUUUCAAGAAAACGGCGAUGGGCAGAUCCACGUUAAAGUCGCCUCGUGCCGCUGGUCGUGGGACCUCUCGAGGGGACGUUGGCGGAAUCAAAGUGAUUCUUCACCUGCAUUUGUCCUGAAAAUCCAAAUGGUUAUGCUACCUUCUUUUUUCCUUUUUAAAAACAUAUAUAUAUAGUGUGUGUGUGUGUGUGUGUGUGUCUAUUUUAAUUGUUGCUAUAAAAAGGAGAGAGAAACCCUUUCUGAAAACCUCUCUGAAAGAUCUCGUGCAAGGCUUUUUAGUUCUUACGGACAACCAACAUCUGAGGAUAAAGACAAUUAUUAUUUUUUCAAAUAAAUAAGAAUGCAUAAGCCAGCUCUAUUUCAGCAGGGAGGGGAUGAGGGGACCCGCUCCAAAUCAGGAUAGUUGCUUUUUCCUCAAAAUUUCAUUGUUCCCGCAAGGGGACCAAUGACAAUAAAGAUAUCUUAAAAUGAAAGUGGCCAGAUUAAGGGCGCCUUUAGAAAACUUGCCAUUUGGCCCUUAGCCCCAGUGGGUUGCUGUCCUUAUUGCUGCAGUGCAGGUACAGUUCGAAACCUGUUCGAAACGAGUGCCGCAGCAAGGAUAUUAUUGUCUGCCCCAGAAUUGUUUAGGUUCCCUGGUAGGGUUGCCAAUUCCUUUUGCCCGCCUCUGCGCCUGUGCCUUUCGCAGCAACAUGAUCCGCAAGCGGUUUCUUAUUCUUAUCUCCACAUUGUGGGAAGCGUUCCCUGCAGAUCAGGCUCACUGCUCAAAAUGCACAAGAGCAAGACAGACGGCCCCCACCGCCCCAAUCAAUUUGCGACCCUAUUUUACAGACUGGAAAUAAUGUUGUUGUUUUUCAACAUCGUGCUCUGAGCUUAUAGGGUCAGAACAACGUUCGAUUUGUAGUUAGCACUUGAGGAGGACUGAGCUCGGAGGCACUUGAUAUGCAUGUGAAAGAUUCUAGUUUCGGUCCCUGGUGCCCCCCCCCCUUUAAAAAGGAGCUCUGAUUAAUUAAUCCUUGCAUGAGAUCUAGAAAGCCUUAUUCCCUGUGGACAGAAAGAACUGGGACACGUGGCUUGGCUUCGGGUAGUGCACUUGCCCUGCGCACAAUCUGGGACUGGGUCAGAAUUGUGAAAUUAGCUUUUAAUUUAUUCCUUGUUCCAGUAUUUUGAGGAGGGUUGCCAGACUCAAUAGAGGACAGGACUUCUGUGCCUUUAAUUGCCCUGCUCUCUUUUGAGUCUGGAAACCUUAAAGAGAAAC